AAGCGGCGGGCUCAGUCGCUCACAGCUCGCGGGCGCGGACGCACGCGGCGCAAAUGUUACCGGACUACGCGGGAAAUAGUUGCGUCUAUUAUUCGUGAAUUAAAAAAUCACAAUUAAAACUUUUUAUAAACAAAACACGGUGACUUUAUCAAAAUGGGUGCGAGUGCAAGGAUUGCCCUCAUGUUUCUAAUGAUUUCUGCCGCAACAGCUGGCCCUGCAGGGGAUGUGAGGAGAACUCAAAAAUACGAUGACUCGGGAGAUCUCAAUGCAGAAUCGUCAGAAAUCAUAUCAGAAGCAGUGGCGGCACCUUCGUCACUCCGAGCAGGCGUCCAGGAGCCCGAGGCCGCCGCGACGGCCGGCCAGGACCAGGCCGACCACUCCAUCGAGCUGGUGGGCGGCUCCCAAACCUUCUUCCCCACCUUUGCCAACCUCUUCGAGCCUCGGCAACAGAACAACUUCAGAUUUGGCGGCUUCGGAGACGAGGGCGCCUACAGCCAAAGACCAAACUCCUACCGCUCUCUACUAAACUACCCUCUCUUUGGAAACUACAGAAAUAAUUUUGAGGGCUUCGGGAAACAGAGCACGCCCGCCGCAGCGCCUCUCAUUGACGCCAGCUCCAGUGUCCUCGGAUCAGGAAACUUCGGCAUCAUCAAAGGAGGCACUUUCUUCGCGCAAAACGACGAAGACGACUACAGCGAUGGCUUCAAUUUCUACAACAACGGACACGGCCGGCCAUCUGUCGGAGUCGGGUACAUCGCUAACCCUCGGCCCAACUACAACCAGGAUCAAUUCGCUAACUUCAGAGACUUCGCCGACAUCAAUGCCCCCUCCAACUCCGCCUACUCGCACUUCGUGGUCGUGUACGCAAACAAAAACGCGACUGUUGACGAAAUAAGUGAGGAAACCCGAAAAGUACUGUCUGAGCCCAAAAACAUUAUUGAGACGCUAGAACGUCUCGACAAAACGCCGUCUCCGCCGAAAAUAUCAAAAACAAAGGCCAAGUUGCAAGCCACAAAACAAAAGAUGGUGAACAAAAAAGAGCAGUGGAAAAAGAAGAACUCAAAAUUCCACAGCCUAAAACAUGAUCCCGAGGAGCCUUUAUUAGCGUUAAGUUAAAGUUAGUGUAAUUUAAAUAGACUUGCGUUACGUAAGUGAUUUAUACCAGUAGGAAACAGUGUGCAGUGUGACGUCGUGUGCCGCCCGAUGUCGAGGCGUGACGAAAAGUUCUCUGUCUAAACUUAAUUUUAUAAGUGUUGCAUGUGUAAGGUUAUGUUAAUUGUGCGAAUGCAUUAUAUGGAUGAUGAAUGAGUGAGCUUU